GGGCCAUGGCCGCUGGCGCGAAUGACCGUUAUUGCGCCAGUCUUGGUCUCGAUCGAUGGACUGGUGCACCCGCAGCGCCGUCCGUCGCUCUCUCCGGACGAUAUUUCGCUGCUCAGCCUGCCCGAUCACAUUCUCCGGCAGAUCUUCCUGUGUCUGGAUCACCCCUGCGCGCUGACGCGGACUUGUCGGCUCUUUCGCGAUAUGGCCCGGAGCCGAUCAGGCAAGUCUCGCCCAUCGUUUGCCCUGCCGCCAUCGUCUGCGGGCUGCCCCGUCCAGCCGCCAUCAACAUCCUAUCGGUUCGUGGUGACCGGUCCCCGCGGCGUCGGCAAGACAGCAUUGAGCGUGCGCAUCGGACGAGGAAACAGCAACGGCGGCGAGCUGUUCCAUAAGCGCUGGAUUUGCGGCGCCCGAGACGUCCGGGUCUGCCUCUUGGACUACCACCGGGACGUUCUGCCAUGGACCCUCAUCCAGCAGCUCCGCACCUUCGAGGGCUUCAUCUGCACCUACGCCGUCGACUCGCGCGAUUCGUUUGAGAGAGCCAAGGACCAUCUGAUAUGGAUUCUGUGGCUGCGUCUGGCGGCUCCCACCAAAUCGGUUCCCAACUGGGUUUAUGACCGAGUCCGCCCGAAGAAUGCUCACCAGCAGCAGGCCGGAGAGCCAGUGCAGUCCAUCAGCCGCUGGCAGAGGCGCCUGACGGCCCUCAAAUCUGCCUUUCGGCAUCCGCUUGGCGGCCCUCUGGCAUGCCCGAUCCCGAUUAUCCUUGUGGCAUCAAAGUGCGAUCUAGAGCCGGCGCAGUGGACCGUUUCAGAAGCCGAGGGCCGCGAGCUCGCGAACCAGCUCGGAUGCGGCUUUCGGCAGGUGUCGGCCAAGACCGGCGAAGGGGUUGACCAAGUUCUUGACUGGCUGGUGGGCCGGGUGGCCACGGACGACAGCAGGGCUCGGCUGUGUACGAUUUUGUGA